AUGGCCCCUUCCGCUAUUCAACCUGAUAUCUCCUAUGAACCUGAUUUUGAGAAAUACCAAAAUCGGACGAAGCGCCGCCUGGCAAGCGAAGACACGUCUCAGGCCCUCCCUGACGGUUUUCCGCAGCAACUGAAGUCGGAUCUGGUCUGGGAUGCGAGUGAUUUCCCACAAGUUGGCAGUGGAAAUGAGCCCUGGGUUUAUAACCUCACUGCGGUGGAGCUGGAAGAAAUCGACCAAGCACUGGCUCACUUUAAAGGUCUCCAGAAAUCUCUGGGACAUAUUCAGCCCGAGACCUUCCCACUGCCAACUUUGCAUUCGAGACUGCGCUCGCUCUCGCACGACUUACAUUUUGGGCGUGGUUUCUGCGUGCUCCGUCGGCUUCCAGUGGAGAAGUGGACCCGCGAGGAGAAUGUCAUUGUCUAUGCAGGUGUCUCUUCCCACAUUGGCGCUAUCCGUGGGCGUCAGGACACCAAGCACGAAGGUGUCCCGGCAGAUGUGGUGCUCUCUCACAUCAUCAAUCUCAACGCAACCGGGAACCAGAAAACCAUAGGUGCCCCGGCCUACACGACCGAUAAACAGGUUUUCCACACCGACACGGGCGAUAUCGUAUCUCUGUUAGCCUUGAGCGAAGCUGCGGAGGGUGGCGAGAGCCAAAUUGCUAGCGCCUGGAAAGUAUACAAUGAGAUCGCGAAGUCGCGCCCGGAUCUAAUUCGGACAUUGGCGGAAGAUUGGAUCAUCGACGGAUUCAAACACGCUGAACGGCCUUACUUCCAACGCCCUCUACUCUACCAUCAACCAGCGACGGAAGAGGCGCCGGAACGAGUGGUCAUUCAGUAUUCCCGCCGCACCUUCACUGGCUUUGGUGCUUUACCUAGGUCGGUCAGCAUUCCGCCAAUUACAGAGGCUCAGGCGGAGGCUCUCGAUGCUCUUCACUUUUUAGCAGACAAGCAUAGUCUGGAACUGGAUAUUAAGAAAGGAGACAUCCAAUACAUCAACAACCUUUCUAUUUUUCAUGCCAGACGUGGAUUCAAAGACAAUGUGUUAAAACGACGACACUUGUUGAGGCUAUGGCUGAGAGAUCCCGAGUACGCUUGGAUUACCCCCGAACCUCUCCAGGAGCGAUGGCAAGGUCUCUAUCAAGGAGUUACUGCUGAGAAGGAGGUCUUCCCUCUACACCCUGUCAUCCGUAGUGCUUCUAAUGGCACUGCUACGAGAGAUCAAGCCUAG